CACACAGCUAAAACACACGCACACAAUUCAGUGAGAGAAAAACACUUGAAAAAUCAGUGAUAGAGACGAUGAACUUUCUCUCUCAUCGCCACACACACACUCCUCUAUCUACAACCUCAUAGCUCACUCACAUCUCAAAUUCCACAAACCCUAACCUAUAACCUUACUAAUCCUCAACCAAUUAAUGCAUAUUUAGCCUCAGAUCCAGCCAAUGGACAACUCAUCCACCGUAACCGACGUGAUCGGAAUAACAGACUUGCCGGAAACAUACCGUGCCGGAGACUACACCGCCGGCGGCAAUGUGUGGCCUCCGGCCGGUGAAACGACGCCGUUGACGGUUACAGGAUCGUAUAAGGACGGUGGAACAGGUAAGGGAUCAGGUACGAGUAGUCGUAGGAGAGGUACGGUGAGGCCGAGCUUAGAUGCGGAUGAUCUUAUUAAUUUGCUUCACGGUUCGGAUCCGGUGAAGGUUGAGCUUAAUCGGUUGGAGAAUGAAGUUAGAGAUAAGGAUCGAGAGUUGAGUGAAGCACAGGCUGAGAUUAAAGCAUUGCGGUUGUCUGAACGGUUGAGAGAAAAAGCUGUUGAGGAGCUAACUGAAGAGCUGUCAAAAGUGGAUGAAAAGCUGAAGUUGACCGAAUCUCUUCUCGACAGCAAGAAUCUUGAAAUCAAGAAAAUCAACGAUGAGAAGAAAGCAUCAAUGGCAGCUCAAUUUGCAGCAGAAGCUACUUUACGAAGAGUCCACGCAGCUCAAAAAGACGACGACAUGCCCCCAAUCGAAGCCAUCCUUGCACCUUUGGAAGCCGAACUCAAGCUAGCCAGACAAGAGAUUGCAAAGCUGCAGGAUGACAACAAAGCGUUAGACCGUUUGACCAAGUCAAAAGAGGCUGCUUUACUUGAAGCCGAGAGGACCGUGCAGAUUGCAUUGGCCAAGGCAUCCAUGGUGGAUGAUCUCCAGAAUAAGAAUCAGGAGUUGAUGAAGCAGAUAGAAAUUUGCCAGGAGGAAAAUAAAAUAUUGGAUAAAAUGCAUCGUCAAAAAGUUGCUGAGGUGGAAAAGCUUACACAAACCGUACGCGAGCUUGAAGAGGCUGUUCUUGCUGGUGGUGCAGCUGCAAACGCUGUUCGGGACUAUCAACGGAAAGUUCAAGAAAUGAAUGAGGAAAAAAAGACUCUAGACAGAGAGCUAGCGCGUGCAAAAGUUACAGCCAAUAGAGUGGCGACGGUUGUAGCUAACGAAUGGAAAGAUUCUAAUGACAAGGUGAUGCCAGUUAAACAAUGGCUCGAAGAAAGACGGUUCUUGCAGAGUGAGAUGCAACAAUUACGGGACAAGUUAGCUAUAACCGAACGCGCUGCAAAAUCCGAAGCACAAUUGAAAGAAAAAUAUCAACUAAGGCUCAGGGUACUAGAAGAUACGUUAAGAUCACCAAACACUGCUUGUCCUUCACGUCGUCAAUCAUUAGGUGGAGCUUCCAGUGGAUUUUUACCUAAAAGAUCACCGUCUUUUCAGAUUAGGUCAACAUUUCAAUCUGGUUCAAGUUCGAUUUUGAGGCAUGCGAAAGGUACAUCAAAGUCGUUUGAUGGUGGGACCCGAUCACUUGAAAGGGGUAAACUUAUAUCCAGUGGUGGUAAUAGUCCCACUUUUAAUAUCGAGAAAUCUUGUGAUGGAACUAAAGACGGUGAGACACGUGAUGGUUCAUGGAAAGAUAAUCCGGAUGAAAAACGCGAAACAGAGGACACUGUCCCGGGGUUGUUGUAUGAUUUACUGCAAAAGGAAGUGAUUUCUUUGAGGAGAUCUUGCCAUGAAAAAGAUCAGAGCCUUAAAGAUAAGGAUGACGCCAUUGAGAUGUUGGCAAAGAAAGUAGAUACUUUACAAAAGGCAAUGGAGGUCGAGGCGAAAAAGAUGAGACGCGAGGUAGCUGUUAUGGAAAAAGAGGUCGCCGCUAUGCGGGUGGAUAAUGAACAAGAUAAUCGGGCCAGACGGAACUCGAGGGCUCCUUCCCACCCACUUCCAGCCAGGAAUGUAGCACGAGGGGGAUUAUCCCGACCCGCCCAAUAGCGAAACAAUGAGCAAUUGUUAUUAUUAUCACCUUUGUUUUUUAGUUUGAUUGUACCUAUGGGUUGUGGCGGGCCGGGUGGCCCUGUCGGGUUGAGAAGAUGAAGAAACAAAAGGGGAAUGGGUCAUGGGUGGGUCUGACUGUAUGUGUAGAAGAAAUCAGAAGGUGGGAGUGAAGCUGAGCUAACCUUUUUUCUCAUUAUUAGUAUUGUUUUGGUUGUGCUUUGUGGUUAAUGCUUCUUCUCCCUCAACUUAGUACAAAUAUACUUCAACUUACAACCUAAUGGAGAUUAAUUUGGUACAAGCAUAUUUAAAAUAUUCUUUUUU